AUGGCCGGUCAUGCGAUAUUCCGAGCAAGAUCACUCGCGAACAACCUCCUCUCCGACGAGAUCAUGUCGCUGAUUCAUCGCGCUGCAAAAGAAACAUUCACGUUUCCGGAUGAACAUGUGCUCGCAUCCGAUGAGCUCGUCUGGGCAGCACGACGCGUUGCCGCUGCUUACAUGGACUGCCAUCGAUACGUCUGCAUCCAUCUCGCCAUCUACGCGGCGUUCGCCUUUGCCAUGUGGAUCCCCUUCGUGCUGUACGGCGUGCCUAACCUGGUCAACUUGGUCAAUCACGCCUGCUUUCACCAUCCCAAGCCCAUUCCUCCCUCGCAUCAAGGCUUUGUUGGGCCAGGGCAAGCGACCUGA